CUUACUUCCAGGUGUGUCGCCAGUUUUCUAUUGGCGAUGGCAACUUUUCGUACCAACGCACUAAUCUACGAUUUUGACGGAGACUGCAAAAAGUUCGGUUUUCCAUUUCCUGCAUGGACUCAGCCUAGAUCAGGGUGGUGGUCGUCUAGCUCUAUUCCUUACCUUGGACAUAGUUACAUUCUUAAAUACGAGUACCAAGAGUUUUUCGCGAAUCAGCCAGCCUGGGUGGAAGAGUACUUUGACGCACAGAAGAAAAGGGCAAAAAUUAUGGCUGUGUCCCUUGGUGUUGAGUUCGCCGACAUUUACGACUACAAGUUACAGAGAGUAACGUCCUACAAAGCAAGGAAGCCAUCUACCAGCGGCUCGGAUCUUAAAACUCAGGUAGAGUGCGGCAUUUACGAUCUCAAGACAUUCCGAUCGAAAUACCUUCAUUUGCGUUUUCCCUGUGUGAAGAAAUACACAAAUCCAUGCGACAUGCCCACUGCCAAUGAAGUUCUAAGAUAUGGCACACCGCAUUCUUACAAAUAUAAAAAUGAAGUUAUCUCCCCAGCAACCCGAAACAUCAAAAGCAAACUCUACACAGCUUGCGUCAAGGAUACAUUUAUAAACGGCACAUACGAGUCCUACUAUUACUGGGGUGAAGACCUUUCUUUUCGAUUUCCAAGUGGCGAAGAAAAAAUGCCUGUUCAUGUUGAGCAAAAAGGCGAAUACUAUGAAAAUCAAACUAGACAUGAACACUACAUCUUCAAGAAUAUCCCUUGGUACCAAAAAGACCCGAAAUUUUCAGACGAUAUGUUUCAGGUACCUAAAUCCAUGCACUGCAAAAACUACACGGAACUUCAUGCAAUUCCUGAAAUGCCAACCUCGUUUAGUUUCAGUCAAGAGGAGUUUGCAUUUACCCUGAAUACAACAGGAUUUCUGGAUGGAGGUUUUUCGCCCCUAUCCUUCAAACAAUUUUGGUAUUCGGACAACCUCACACUUGUGAGAGUUGACAUGAGGCCAUCUGAAGAAGACAAGAAAGGACCUAUUUUGAAUAAAGCUACAGGAAUAAAUGGCCGUGUUUCAGUCGUCAUGGAUUUCAAAUACGAUCAUGUAUUUCUGGCACAUUCUGCGAACGAUGAAUGCCUUAUUUCGGAGGUGGAGAAGGAUUUUUUUCUCUGCUCUAAAGAGGACACAAAAUGUAACAAAAUUAAUCGGGAUGAUCUCUUUGGAAUUUCAGCAGACUUAUCAUACAAGGGAAAGUAUGCUGAAGGUGGAAUCUAUGGAGAGACUUGGUCUCAGCUAAAGGAGCAAACAAAUGGUCCUUCUAAAAAAACGUUCUUAAUCAGACACGAGGUCUCUUUUCGAGGAUCUGAAGUCAAAGAAAAGAAAAGUAGCCAUAAAAAGGUUCUUACGCCCAUUCAAGUGGUAGACUACAAGGAGGAAACCACCAAGCCAGAGAAAGGUGAUUCAGACUUCAAGCAAGACGUCCGCCUUAAAAACUACUACGAGGUCGAUUUUUCUGAACCAGGAGUAGAAGUUUUCGAAAAGCACCCCUGCCUCCAACGCCACAAUUCAACGUUAUAUACACUUGCAUUUGAAGGUCCUGGAGUGGUCGAUAAGAAUAAAGCGCGCUUUCUGCCACAGUUAAGGAGAGCUAUAGAAAAUGUCUGCCAUCCCGAAACAAUGCUGAGGUUCGAGCUUGUCGACUUGCUGAGACCCGAGAAGAUAUCUGAGAAAAUAGUGUACCUGAGAAUCCUUCAGCCGUUCGAUGAGAACGGAACAUCGACUGAGACGUUUGUCUCAAAGAUUACAGAGCUCGUAAACAAGGAAGAGUUCGCAGUAUGCUUCCUAGGUUACACGAUAACUUUAAAUGAAAAAUUAAUGCAAUGGAUAGCAAUAAACGGCUCGUUCGUCGAACAAAAACGUGAAACACCCGUGCCUACUCCAAGCAGAGGAAGUAAAAAAAAUAAUAAAAUUGAAAAAUGCUCUGCAUAA